AGCCGGAAUGGACUAUGUCAACAUUCCCCACGUUGUUGCCAUGGUGGGUCUGCCUGCUCGUGGCAAGACCUACAUUGCCAUGAAGUUGGCAAGGUACCUUAACUGGGUCGGCCUUCCUACAAAAGUGUUCAAUGUCGGGGAUUAUCGUCGUCGGGCUAUUGGGAGCUACCAAGGCCACGAUUUCUUCCACCCGAGAAAUCGCGACGGCACCAAUAUCAGGAAUAAAUGUGCACUUGAUGCUCUUCAGGAUGUGUGUGAGUUCCUGCAGUCUGGGGGGAUGGUUGCUGUAUAUGACGCAACCAACACAGGCAGGGAACGACGGGAGCUGAUCCACCACGUUGUCUGCCAGCGUAUGGGAUACAAGCUCUUCUACAUUGAGUCGAUUUGCAAUGAUCCGUCUAUCAUUGAAACCAACAUCAUGGAAUGCAAAGUGACCAACCCAGACUACACCAACAUGGAGAAAGAGGAUGCCGUGAAGGACUUCCUCAAACGCAUCGAGCACUACCGCAUCUCCUAUGAGACGCUGGACGAGGAAGAGGAAAGCCAGUACAGUUUUAUGAAGAUCUUUGAUGCUGGUCGCCGCGUUGUGGUACACAAGCAAGAGGGACACAUUGAAAGCCGGAUUGCAUACUAUCUCAUGAAUAUUCAUAUCACACCACGAUCUAUUUACCUCACUAGGCACGGAGAGUCGCUCUUCAACCAGCUGGGCCGCAUUGGGGGUGACACGGACCUUUCACACCGUGGCCGCCAGUAUGCCAAUGCCAUGGCAAAGUUCAUCAGUGGGCAGAACAUUCCAAACCUCCGCGUGUGGACGUCAUGCAUGAAGAGGACAAUUCAGACUGCGGCCGGAAUCAGUGCACCCCAGGAGAGGUGGAAGUCCCUCAACGAGAUCGAUGCUGGUAUUUGUGAAGGGUUGACCUAUGAAGAGAUCCAGGAACAGUACCCAGAAGAAUUUGCCGCUCGUGACCAGAACAAAUACUCCUACAGAUAUCCUCGAGGAGAAUCCUACGAAGAUGUAGUUGUGCGGCUGGAGAGUGUGAUCAUGGAGUUGGAACGGCAGGAGAACGUGCUGGUCGUUGGGCACCAGGCAGUCCUGCGAUGCGUGCUGGCCUACUUCCUCGACAAAACUGGUGCUGAGCUCCCUUACUUGAGAGUUCCUCUACACACACUAAUCAAGCUCACACCGCAAGCGUAUGGCUGCAAAGUGGAGUUCUUCAAGAUCCCCAUCGACUGUGUGGACACGCACCGAUCCAAGCCUCUCGACUGCAGGAUUGGAAGGAACGCCCAGGACGCUCUCAUCACAGUCCCCUCGCACUACUAAGCCCUCAUCCCCCUCACAGUAUUCAUUGUCUUCAUCAGCAAAAAUUCCUCACACUUGCAUCGGAUUUUGGUGAGAGGAGGAAUCUUCUCACUGUCCUAGUAUCAUCUGCAUCGGCUCUUGGUAAAAAACUCUUAGAAAAUUAGGAGGAUAGUCUUAGCUGAAGUUAGAGGAGGAGGACUUUAGCUAUUUCUUGUUGUUGGUCUUUGGGGAAAGGGAUGGACUCUUUCUUACCUGUCUUGGCUUUAGGUAGGGGUAGAAGGGGAGAGUUGUGGUAGUGGCUGCAGUGAACACUUUGAAAGGUGUUGAUUCAGAUGCACAUCAAUGUAUCACUUUUGCAAAAGUCCACGUGGUUGGAUUAUGCAUGGCUAAAAUAGUUCCUGUUAUUGUUCAUGUGAGCACAAAUGUAAAAAGAUAAAGGUAAAAGCAAUAAUUGUUACAUUAUUAGCCAGUGCAGAAAAAUGUAAGAAAGGUGAUGCAUGUAGUUUUACUUUUUUUGCUUUUUUUUUAUUAUAAUUUUUUUAAAAGAGUAAACUCACCUUUAGAUUUUAUAACCAUCUUUACAUAUAUAUUUUUCCUUGUUACUAGUUGCUUAAGUGAUGCAAAGAAAAAUAUUGAUGACGGCAGAUUGACACUGGUGGCACAUUUACAAAGUGAUUUUUGGGGAUAUUCUUAAGAAUUUUACAUUGCAGUAGAUGAUUGAAGUAUCUUAUUAGCUGCUGUACCAAAAGGCUUCCAUAUUACAAGUUUAAGGUAUGCCAUAAAAUCCAGUAUAUAUAAUUUUAUAAGCAGUUAUGUUGGAAACCUUUGUGUGUGUGAUGUCUGGAUGUACCACAUAACACUUAACAUAAAAAAAUAGGUCAUGUAGAACAGAAAUUAAAAGGAGUCUGUAUAUUUAAGGCACAUAUGCAUUGUAAAUCAUUUUUGAUUUUAUGCAGUUGAGUAUGUUUUAUCAAAGUAGGAAGGUGUGUAACAUUUUUGAAGGUUUGAGUAAAUGUAGCACAUCGCAGACAGAGAAGCAGCACAGCACUAGCUAUGUUCUUGUGUAUGAAUGUACAUUAUAUUAUAUCAUAUUUUAAUAUAUAUAUUUAUACACAAGUUCCUAGAAUACUGAUAGUGGUUUCUCUCACACUCUUAGUAUUUCCCCAUUUUCCUCCUUUUUAUAUUCAUAGUCUGUGGUAUUUUAUUAUUUAUGCUAUAGUUCUAUUCUUUAAAACUGACAGUGUUCUUGAGGUAGACUAGAUUGUGGGGAUUUGAAAACAUCUUGUACUCCAAUGUAUGUUCUCUUUUAGUAGAAGUACAUCUCUGUAGCACAACAAGUGUUUGUGUGAUAUCAGUUAUUUAUUGUAUUAAGAAGCUAUUCUAUAAUUACAGCCAUUUUCUUUAGUGUAUUCUAAUUAUUGGGCUGUUUCUUCUUCAAAAAUGAUAAGUGUUUUAACAUACACAUUAUUAUACUUAACAAAAAUAAUGACAAAACAUUGCACAAUGCAAUUAGAUUAAGGUUGAAAAGAUGGAAGGCAAUUCAGAGUAAGUUUUUGCAUUCAAAUUGUCUAGUGUACAUCUUUUAAUAUAUUUUUUUCCUGCUCUUUUUUCAUAAAGUUUUCUAUGUGUUUUUAUUAGGCCAAAAUAUUUUAAGCAAAUUAUAUUUCAUAACCUUUCAAUCAAUAUACUUUAGUGAAUGAAAAGAUUUUGAAGCCAUUAUUAGGCUAUUGUUUUGUCUUGCAUAUUUACACACAAUGAAAUUACAUUCACAGAAUAUGAAAAUCGCAUUUGUAAAGGCCUGUCCACAAAGCAGGCUUGAUUGAGGGGCACAUAAGUGGACGCCUGUAUAGGUAACGUCACAGAAAAAACAGGGAAACUACUUGUUUACUAAAUAGUGUCCCUUGCUAUGACAUCCUCUCAGCUUAUGCCUGCCCUUGAUAUGCCAAUAUGUAUCUGCUUGAGUGGAAAGGCCUUUAGGAUGGACAGAAUUUAUUGUGAUAAUUAUAGAAAAUGUAUAAAGAGAUUGAAUACCUAUAGAGAGAAGUAACAUCUCUUGCUUUCAUACUUUUUCUACAUUUCUAAGGGUACAAAAAUCACAGAAAAUUUGGCCACCUAAUACUGCAAAUUUCUGUUUAUGUAAUGAGAAAUAAAUAUGCAUAUUAUAACAGUUGCUUUUUUAUAAGUGGGCUUUUUGAUUUUUAAACAUGUUCUCUGAUAUUUUAUAUUAUAAUCAGUUUCGUUUGAUUAAGAUAUAAAUAUUGUGUUUACUGAUGGGCACUGCAGGCAGACGUUGGUUCUAUGAUCUCAGUGUAAUGUGAUUUUUAUAUACUUUAAAUUUCUAACAUAAAGCUAAGAUACCUAGCUUAAAAAAAAUUGCAGUGUAAACUUGAUGCAAAAUACUAAGCUGCCUAUUUGGCCUGUUAUUUUUAUUGGCAAAAAAUGUUGGUGAUACACAUUUUUUUUAUUUUUUUUUUAUUAUAUAACAGCUGUAUGGUAAGUGGAAACAGUUUUAGGUAUACAAAAAAAUAUGUGAAUGUAAGUAGUAGACCUGAACUAUUUACCUUAACAUGUAAAAUUAUAACAUUUUCCUUCUCAAGCAGAAGUAUCAUUAGCUAAUCAGGAAUGUGUUGUCUUGCAUUGGACCAAAUAAAUUGCAAGAUAAAAUUCACUGGGAUUAUGUGACUGCAUUCACAAUACUUUUUAACAGAUCUAAUGUUUUAAUAGAUCUUUUGAUAGUUAAGAGUAUGUCAAUGUUCAUGGAAUUCUUGGAAGUAGAACAAGGAAAUUGCAGCUAAAUGUCUCUUAUAAUGAAGGAUCAGAUAACACUGGCAUAAUUAUCAUAUCUAUUUAUUUUUAUUACCACAAAUUGAUACUGUAUAUAAAGAACUUUUAUGAAUUUAUUAUUCAGAAUGAUAUAUUAGGAUAAGAUUUUUUUCUUCUUUUUUUCCCCCCUCUCCUUAUUAUAGAAUUUAUAACUAGCUAUAAUUAUAUUUCUGCUGAGUUCAGGGUGUGGUGUUUAACAUUAGUAUUAGCUUGGCUGGUAUGUUAUAUGUAAAGAGUUUACACUACUGUAUUUAAUGAUGAAAGAAACAAAUUUGGCUCUUGUCAUAAAUGAAUAGAUUAUUCUGUGUUCUAAAGCCCAUCUUUCAAGGAAUUUUGACCAUUUACACAUUGAAUUUCAUUGAGUCACAACACUUUGGCAUGUAAAGAUAUGUUCUUAAAUUUCAAAUAUCACAUUCCAGAAGUAUAAGUGCCUUCUUGUAAUAUUUUUUUUUAUGGUUUAAAAAACAAAUCUGCAGAAAUGGUCUUGCAGGCAAAAGAAUAAAAAAAAAAACUACUCAUCAGAAACUAAACAUUUUCUUAUAUAUACACAUAAUAGGAUAAGCAGUUAUGAUUUAGAGUAAGGAAAUGAUAGUUAAAAGCAAAUCUGUGUCAAAACC